GACCAUCAGAGAGACCACCAGAGAGACCAUCAGAGAGACCACCAGAGAGACCAUCAGAGAGACCACCAGAGAGACCAUCAGAGAGACCACCAGAGAGACCAUCAGAGAGACCACCAGAGAGACCAUCAGAGAGACCACCAGAGAUGCGAGUGAUGAGCGGGAAAACUGUGACUGCGACCCUCCUCCUGCUGUCCUUCCUGCUGCUGGGAGUGCUGUACUGCUACCAGAACUACAGGGUCUCUGUGUCCUUUGAGUUGAAUGACAGCAGACAGACAGACAGUGUGUGUGUGUGUGUGUGCGAUGUCCUCCCUCUGAGUGAAGAGUUCCACCUAGAGGCUGAGCAUCUGCGGUACCAGCAGCCGAGCAUCCUGAUUGGGCGCACGGACGUGGUGACGGUGACGCCCUGGCUGGCGCCGGUGGUUUGGGAUGGGACCUUUGACCCGGUCCUGCUGGACGGCCUCUACAGACCCAGGAACAUCAGCGUGGCCGUCACUGUGUUCGCCGUGGGAAAGUACAUCCGGUUCCUGGAGGCCUUCCUGCUGACGGCGGAGCAGCACUUCUUCGUUGGUUUCAAUGUUCACGUUUACAUUUUCACCGACCGGCCGAACGAGGUCCCCCGGGUCCACAUGGCCCCCGGCAGACAGGUGACGGUGCGUUCAGUGCCCAGCUCCCGGCGCUGGCAGGAGAUUUCGGCCCGCCGCAUGGAGCUGAUCCAGACCCUGAUCGAGGAGCUCAGGAACCACAAGGACUACAUCUUCUGUCUGGACGUGGACUCCCGUUUCCACGGCCGCUGGGGGACGGAGUCUCUGGGGGGGCUGGUGGGGGUGAUCCACCCAGGGUACUACCGGGACCAGAGGACCAAGUUUCCCUACGAGCGCCGCCCCGAGUCCAGAGCGUACCUGGCCCCUGAGGACGGGGACUUCUACUACUGCGGGGGGGCGUUCGGGGGCCGGCUGCAGGAGGUGCACCUGAUGGCCAAGACCUGCCGCCAGGACUUUGAGGCUGACGCUCGAGGGGGCAUCGAGGCCGCCUGGCAGGAGGAGAGUCACCUGAACAGGUACAUGUGGAUCCAUAAGCCCACUAAGGUUCUGUCCCCGGAGUACCUGUGGCAGGACUUCAAGUCCAGAGAGCCGGAGAUCCGCCUGGUUCGAUUCUCCGGAGUCGCGAAGAACUACGCAGAGAUCCGACCCAACACCUAGACACACACACACACACACACACACACACAACACACUCACACACACACACACACAACACACACACACACACA